GUCCUCCUUAUUAAGCUAACAGCGUGCUGUCGGCAUGACAGACGAGCUCCAAGCCACAGUUCCUGGGACGGGUGCCAAAGCCAGUCUACUCCGCUUGGACCGGAGCUUCCGGGGACAUCUAUCGACAGUGACCGGCGAACUUGAUGGUCGCAACCCAAAAUGCCGAGGAAACCCCAAACGUGGGACGACUACGACUCGGCUGUCACCCAGAUUAUCCUCGCGCCGUCUGACUCCGAGUUCCUCGACCAAUUAAUUCCUGUGCUGAAAGAUGCGUCAACAAGCGGCCGGAUUGGGUCGCUCGUGCAGAGCCUCUCCCAGUAUGCCGAGGACCGGGAGGGCGACAUUGAGCGCAUCGGCCUGACCAAGCAUGAGGAAUUCUUGAGCUCCGUCAAUCAGCUGCAGGAAGUGCGCGAGGGAACCGUGGCCCUGACAUCGGAGAUCUUGGACCUCAACCAGUCGAUUCAGGCGAGCACCGAGAAGCUCGCGGCGCAGAAGCAGGCACUGGUGAACACGCGUGGUGUCCGCCAGAACAUCACUGAGGUGUCGAACGCUCUCGAGGAGUCGCUCAAGAUCUUGCACGCGGUCAACAAUGCGCAUGAUCUCAUCAGGAGGAAGAAGUACUACGCCGCCCUCAAAUCCUUGGAGGACCUGCAAAACGAAUACUUGGUGCCAAUCAUACAGAACAAGUACGCAACACAGUACAAACUUGCCGAUAUGAUUCAGAAAUCCAUUCCAGCCUCUCAGAAGGCCAUAUCCGAGUUGGUCAUGUCGGAUCUGAACACCUGGUUGUUUCGCAUUCGGGAGACAUCACAGUUCCUUGGCGAGGUCGCUUUCUUCCACACCCAGGAGCGGAGGGCUCGGCAAAAGGAGAGGGUGGAGGCAAACGAGUUCCUAAAACGCUUCAAACUGAAUUCCGCCAUCGAGCUGGUCUUCGACGAGAGCAACGACUUUGACGUUCUCGACAACGAUGUGGUACAGGUUGACUUCACGCCCUUGUACGAAGCGUUGCACAUCCACGAUGCUCUUGGCAAGAUCGACAGAUUCCGUGCUGAGUAUUCAGCGACUAGGCGGCAGCAGAAAGACCUGAUGAUACCCAGCAAUGACAACAUCUUCGCCAAUGAUGAUGACGAUGCCUUGAAGGAACUCUUGGAAUGUAUUGCCGGAUUUGCCAUCGUCGAGAAGGCGACUAUGCAGCGUGCGCCGCUGGUCCGCACGACCCUUGAUGUCGACGAGCUCUGGGAUUCAAUGUGCCAGGCCGCAAUCCGGAUCAUUUCAAGAUCUCUAGAUGGCGUGAGCAACGCGGAGCUGCUGCUUAAAAUCAAGGAAGACAUCGCCCUGUUUAUCCAGACAAUGGAGGGUUGGGGCUACUCCGCCUCCUUGGUGAACAACUUUCAGCUUGUGCUAUUCCACAAGCAUGCUGAGUUGCUGCAGCGUCGCUUUGGUGAAGACUUUCAAGAAAUCGUAUCAACGGACGACUAUAUGCCCAUGGCCGUCAGGACGCGCGAGGAGUACGACGAGGUGCUCGGUAUGACCUGGUUUGUUGACGAAAGGACUCCAGAGGAGAUAACGUUUCCUUCUGUCUUUCCGUUUUCCCAGAUGUAUUACCUCUGUUGCAAAAACAUCAGAAACUUCGCAGACCAAUUCCUCGACUUCACUCAGGAGAACUUCGAUCACCCCAACGUCGUUGAUGAAACACUCAGAAGGACCCUGGACGAACUCCUGACCGAUAUCGUCUGCCAGUUGCUCGUUGAGCGGCUAAACUCCCAAUACCUCGGACAGAUCGUGCAGAUCCUGACGAACCUGGAGCAUUUCGAGGUUGCCUGCCAGGAACUAGAGAAGUUGUUGAUCCAAGUUCGAUCAUCCACCUCAGCAGGCGGACCGGUGACUCUGAGAGCAACGGAGCAGUUCAGGAGCCACAAGAAGACGGCCGAGAAACGAAUCUUUGAGCUCGUCAAUUCCAAAAUCGACGACCUCGUGGACACAUCCGACUAUGACUGGACUGCGACAACAAAACCCACACAGCCCAGCAGCUACAUGGUUACUCUGACGCGCUUCCUCGAGAACCAGAUGGCCUCCACCCUGCUGGGUCUCCCUAGAGAGAUCAAAGAGCUCAUCUACUUUGACGCGCUCAGCCACGCGGCCAACAAGAUUCUGGCCCUCCCGCUAUCCCCCGAAGUCAAAAGGAUCAACCCCAACGGCGUGGCCGCCAUGGCCCUGGACGUAGAGCACCUAACAAGCUUCGUUAGCAAGUUGGAAAACGCCUUCAUGCUCGAGCAGAACCUGGACGAGCUCCAGCAGACGGUGGCGUUGAUGCAGUCCGAGAACCACGAGGAGUUCUACGACAUCUCCAUCCGCAACAAGAAGUACGGCCGCGUGGAUGCCAUGAACGGGCCUAUCUUGCUAGAAAAGCUCACGCAAACGGUCGAGAGCACAAGCCGGACGGCGCCGCUCGCCAACUUCCAGUUCGGUUCGCGCUUCGGCUUGAGAUGAUGCUCCUACGGCUUCCCCAUUUCCAUUUCCCUACCUACGGACACGACGUUACGAGAAUGAUGUCGGAUUGGCCCUCAUGAAUACGGGAUGAU